AUGAAUCACCAACACAACAUAAUCAGUGACAUUUUGAUACCAAAAAAGAAAAGAAAAAAUAUCCUUAGCAAUACAAUCCCGAUCAUGUCCGGAAUUAGAGAUACGUGGAAUACAGGUCGCCGCACAGAGCAGCAAGAAUGGCAGAGCAACCCGCCGCGGUCUAGCGGAGACACAGAAGGUGGCAUGCAGGGCAUGCAGGGCAUGCAUGGCUCCCAAGGAAUUGGCCAGAGCGAAUUGGGCCCAUCUAAUAUCUACGGCACCCAGUCAACUCAGGGUUACGGUGCUGGUGAGGAGCAGCAGUAUGGCCAACACAAAAUGGGCCGCAGCAGCCAGCCGAUGUCCUCUGGAAUGGGACAAGGCCAGGAGGGAAUCCACAACUUGGGAGCACAGGGCAUGGGCAGUGAGCGUAUAGGGAACCAGGGAAUAGGAAGCGAGGGAAUGCGGUCCGAAAACUGGCAGGAUCAGCCUGGUGAAAGCCUGGGAAGAAAACGUGGCUCGCAGUCCUCAGAGGCUUCCGACAUAAGCUCAGCAUCCCAGGAGUCCCAUGACGAUAAGUCAGGUGGCAGUGGCCUUUUGCAAAAAGCCAAGGAUAAGUUGUCUGGGGUCCGCUAA